AUGGCAUACAAAGCACACGAGAAGGAUCGUGUAUGGAUGCAAAAUCAAGUGCUAUCAAGAGCCCCCAACUGGCAGCAGCACUUGACGGACAUUCGCAAUGUCUUAGUCGAGAUUCACCACAAGAAACUUCUCUCUCAGGCGGGAGUAAAUAGCCUUUUGACAAUCAUGCUUUACGGCCUUGAGGGUUUCAUCAGUGAAAUCUCUUCGCCACUACGUAUCUGCAUGUACAGACAGGGAAACGUCUAUGUUCCCGCGUUUUACAGAGCUCCUCCUACUAAUCAUCAAUACCUUCCUGUACACAACUCGUCGAUCGAGGUUUGCCGCCGGCUAAGUACGUGCCAUGGCAUCCCUCCACGAAAGAGGCGGAAGCAACAGCUUCUCGAAGAUGAGAUGGCUGCAGAGCCAAAAGCGUCGAUCCAGUCGCACCGGAUCCCGAAGCCACUUGUCCGGGAUCCUCCUUAUCAUCCUACUGUGGCCUCCCUUUUCAACAACCGGGAGAACAUCUAUGUCAACAGAGUGCGACGACCAACUGCAACAGAUGUGCCUCCUGUACUAUCUCCAGGGCCACAAUCUUCGAUCGAGGUUUGCCGCCGGCUAAGUAUGUGCCAUGGCAUCCCUCGACGAAGUAUCAACUGGCAGCUUGCUCAGUGGAAGCGAUCCGGAGACGAUCCAAAGUUUUGGCUGAAGCACAUGGACGACAAGGGAGACCAUAUCCGCGUCGAUCGAGGUUUGCCGCCGGCUAAGUUGGUCGAUGAGAACUACAACAUCAAAUCGAUCGUCAACUGGCAGCUUGCCCGAUUCGUCCCGACGGAGGAGGCCUUUGACCCAGUGUCUUCACCGCAAACAUAG